CGUGUAAAAAAACUUUGAGGUUUCGUCUUGAACGUCGAAUUUGAAACAGCGUCAGACUCGCCGUAGAAGCCGAGCAAAAAGAUGGCUGAUCGCAACACACAUUCAGACGAUUGGUGCCCGACGAAUAUUUCCCUGUUGGGACGAUCCGCAAAUAAGGACCACUUUUGACAUCUCUAUACAGCAUCCCAGUAAUUCUGUAGCUUUAUCCAACAUGCCGACACAAGGUUAUGAGAAUGUGAUAGAAAGAAUACUUUUAAAUUCGCUAAGCGAGUUAUAGAAACUGUUACGUCGCAUUUGGAAUCUGAAUUUAAAGAUUUAAAUAAUCGACAACUGGAUCAUGUUGCAAUUCCAAAUUUUCCAGAAGAUAGCACAUCGAAAUGGGGACUCAUCUUUUAUAGAGAAGAAAACCUUAUCUACAAUGAGCAGGAUCCGAUUAUGCGCAAAAUAGAAGUCGCGCGCUUAAUUGCACAUAAAAUAACAUAUCAAUGGUUUGGUAAUGCAAUUAGUUCAUCACGAUGGUCUUUUUUUUGGCUACAUGACGGUCUUGCUACUUUAUUCGGAGAAGAAGCUAUUGUUAAGACCUUGAAUAAUUCCGAGAUAUUGGACUUCUUCAUAGUUCAGAAUCAAUAUGAAUCUCUUCAUUUAGAUGAUUAUUUUAAAAUGAAUCCUCCACUAAUGAAUAACCUAUCGGAGAUCAAUUCACUUUUCAGUUUUCCUUGUUGUAUCAAAGUACCUAUUGUUUUACGCAUGCUCAAAAACGCAAUCACCGAUAAAGCAUUUCGAAGUGGUAUCCACACAUAUCUACACCAGCACAUGUUUAAGUCAGUGACUUUUUAUGAAUUCUGGUUAAUACAAGUAGUCACAGCUGAGUCGUAUGGCUAUCACAUAACAGACAAGUUCUUAAAUUGGAUAUUGUAUGAACAUUAUCCUUUCUUGAAGUGGACACAAAAUGGCUCUUUUUACGUAGAAUUAGCACAAGCUUCAGAUUUCAGUACAUUACAUUAUGGUAAUUGGUGGAUGCGUAUAAAUGUAAUUGUAAAGUCUUCUUCAGGUCAGAGCUACAAAACAAGGCAAACACUGGAAAGACACGCUUCAAUUUUUGCACUCGUUAUUCAGGGUGACAUGAUAAUAGUCGACAUUCAGCAAACUGGAUAUUAUCGGUUUGAAUAUAGCGAUGAAAAUUGGCACAAAAUUGCACAUUAUUUAAAUUCAUCAGAAUAUAAAAAUGUUAGUGCCAUCAACCGAGCGAAAAUUAUUGAUGAUGCAUGUUAUUUCACGAUUGCACGAAAAUUCAAUAUUAGACGUGCGAUGGAUAUUCUUACGUUCUGGAAAAUCACAAAUUACUUACGUCAAGAGAUAAAUUAUGUAGCGUGGUAUCCUAUGUUCAAAAUGUUUGAAUAUUUAUCGACUCUGAUUCCAUUUAGUGAACACACAAUUGGUACCUUUAUUAAGCAAAAACUUAAAGAAUUAUUGGUUGGCCCCUUUGAGAUACUAAUUGUAAGUUUGGAACAUUUACCGGAGAACGAUCUUACUAUAUGUUUAAAACAAGAAAUCUUUAAGUGGGCAUAUACACUCCGACACAGUCCGUGUUUGGAAAUGGCUCAAAGAAAGUUACUAAUGCAUUACAAAAAUCCUGCAAGCAUAAAUUCACCAGAGUGGAAGGAAUGGGCGUUUUGUAAAGGUUUACUAAAAGCUAAUAUGUCUGUGUGGAACAUCGUAAAAUACAGAUGGAUGAAGAAUAAACAAUAUGAACUUUUACCAUACUUAGCUUGUACUCGAGAUCCUUCUAUCAUUUUGGAAUACCUACCGUAUGUGUUGUGGAAUCCUAUGACAUAUGAAACCCAAGAUACUGCAAUUAUCCGCUCUUAUAUAAACAUUUUUCAUACAUUUGUUGCGAAGCAUGCUAACAACUAUUUCAUCUUCACGAAUGUUUUAUUGAAUCUCAAGCGAAUAAAACCCAAAGAGAUUAGUAUAAUUGUAGCAUUAACGGAUAUCAUUAACCAUGUGUAUUCUGAAAAGCACCUCAAUGAGAUACUCAUUCAUUUGGAACAACAAAAAUAUAUAACUGAUGACCAACAAAUUUCAGAAAUUCAACACAAGAUACAAAUACGUUUAUCUCAAAUUAGAGAUCAAAUAGAUUAUUUUCAAUUUUUAGUUUGAUUAUUUUACAGUUUGAAAAACCAUAUAUUUACAUAUUUUGAUGUGUAGUAUCUCGAAUUAUUUAAAAACGAUAACACGUGCUGAUCUAUUGUGCUCAAAUAUCUUUUUCAAUUUUGAAUAUUUUGUUAUAUUAUGUUUUUUUUAUUCGUUCCUAAUGAUAAAGCUUAUAUCCUUUUCAUUAUAUGUCUUGUAUCUAUAUGUCGUUUAUAUCUUUAGGUAUGCGUUAUUUUAGCAUAUUAUUAGUUUCAAAAUAUUAACAUUACUAUUGUUCUUGUAUGAUUUGAUAUUUCAUAUUAUAUUAAUAUUGUUAAUGUCCUAAAACUUACAUAAAGAGUGCGCAUGUUAAUUAUAAUUAAUA